GUAGUACAGUAGAGUGUACAACGUGUACCUCUGAGAGUUAAUAUGUCUUGUAUUUGUUUCCAGGAAGUAGCCGGUACCGGAUCAUGCCGCUCCACUCUCAGAUCCCCAGAGAGGAGCAGAGGAGGGUGUUUGAACCGGUUCCAGACAACAUCAGGAAGGUGAUUCUAUCGACCAACAUCGCAGAGACCAGCAUCACCAUCAACGACGUGGUCUACGUCAUCGACUCCUGCAAACAGAAGGUGAAGCUCUUCACGUCCCACAACAACAUGACUAACUACGCCACCGUCUGGGCCUCAAAGACCAACCUGGAGCAGAGAAAAGGUCGAGCUGGAAGAGUCAGAGCCGGGUUCUGUUUCCACCUCUGCAGCAGAGCUCGAUUCGAGAAGCUGGAGACCCACAUGACUCCAGAGAUCUUCAGGACUCCUCUACAUGAAGUCUCUCUGAGCAUCAAGCUGCUGAGACUCGGAGCCAUCGGUCACUUCCUGUCUAAAGCCAUCGAACCUCCGCCACUGGACGCCGUGAUCGAGGCCGAGCACACUCUGAGAGAGCUGGACGCUCUGGACACCAACGAUGAACUCACUCCUCUGGGACGGAUUCUGGCUCGACUCCCCAUCGAGCCUCGUCUGGGGAAGAUGAUGAUCAUGGGCUGUAUCUUCCAUGUUGGAGACGCCAUGUGCACCGUCUCUGCCGCCUCUUGUUUCCCGGAGCCCUUCGUCAGUGAGGGGAAACGUCUCGGCUUCGUUCACAGAAACUUCUCCGGCAGCCGGUUCUCUGACCACGUGGCCCUGCUCUCCGUCUUCCAGGCGUGGGACGACGUCAGGUCUGUGGGGUUUUAGUUUUUAACAAAUAAUCAGCUCCACAUCAGAAGAGAGGUCCUUUGUUAAAAGACUAACGAUACUAGGGCUCUUAUCGGUUCUUCUCUAAGAGAAGAAUCCACGUUUCUUCAUUAUUCUUGUUUGUAAACAGAUAAUAUUUCUUCAGCAGCAACACAAGAAGUUCUAAAAUCAUCCAGAGUGUUCUCUGUGUCUCGUGAGUCACAUGUCAGCUGGUUUAUUACAGCUCUAUGAACACUUACUUUAAUCACAAUAAACUUGAUCAGUGCUAUGCUAAGCUAACAUUGUAGCCGCUCCAUCAACACUCAACAUAUCGUCAUGUAGACGUAUCAGAGCUUUAAUUAGUGUCUCCUAAUAAAUCAUAGAACUUCUAACAUCGUCUUUUAAUUUCACGUUUUUCUAUCUGCAGUUCACCUCUGAGCCACACGAGGGCGCCUGAGUGCUGUACAGUCUGUAGAACAGAAUCUAAUAUGAAGGACAGAGACACAACGCUGUGAUUUAUUAAACCUAUAGAACGAGGAGACGUAGAAACGACUCUUCUCUUGAUUCAUGUGUUCAUAGAUGAAGUCUGUCGUGAACGAGGUCGAGAUGUUUGGAUUUUUUUUUCCCCUUAAUGAAAACCUUCAUUUAAAAACUGCAUUUUGUGUUUAC